UCUAAGUCGGUUUGCAGCUCGUUGUCUGAGUGCAGGGUGGUUCGGGUUGUGAACGGGUAUCCCAAAGAGGCUGAUUUAGUUUAGAUCAAAAGGUGGUGUAGUUAUUGCAGAAAGACCCUUCAUACUUAUCUAUAGCGUGAGCCUGCUGUGGUUAGUAACUUGCUUGGCAUUUUGUGAGCAGCUGACUUGAGUUCAUCCAAGUCCCCGCCCUCACGGAACUCAACUGGCUUGGGGAACGUUGGUGCGCACACAUUAAAAUUAAUAUUGACACUGGUGGAUGUCCCAGUCAAGAGCCGCAAGCUGUCAAAUUCCCUAGUUGAAUUUGCUCUGGACAGCAUUUUGAAGCAGAUCUGAUAUGCCCCUUGAAUUAAUAAAAGAAGUGAAUGGAGUGCCCGAAGUUGAGCUGCUAAGUGAAUUAAACAAAGUAGAUUUCAGAUCUCUACAGCCAGGUUGUGAUUAUAGCAAGAAAUACAUCCAGGGAAAACUCUCAAUUAUCUCUUCUUUAACUUCUGGUGGAAAUAGAACAGCUGUUUUGAAGAUUGCAUUACAAGAACAAGAAAAUUCAGAUUCAGACAUCAACACCAUCAAUGUAUUAUUUUUUGGAAAAUUAGCAAAGGACUGUGCAAAAGUUUUCUAUGAAGGGGACACCAUUGCAGUGGCUGGAUUUUCUGUCUUGUCAGCGUCUUCAUCUACAGGCAGAGACGGUAAACAUUGCUUAUUUUUGAAAGCAUUUGAGGACUUCAGAUCAACUGUUUAUGUUUAUGUUAAAUCUAUAAGAGAUUUUUCUACAGAAUCAAUGUCUUUGGUUCCAACAACACAUUAUAUAUACACACCCCUGAAUCAACUUAAGGGUGGUACAAUCGUCAAUGUCUAUGGUGUUGUCAAGUUCUUUAAGCCUCCAUAUCUAAGCAAAGGAACUGAUUAUUGCUCAGUUGUAACAAUUGUGGACCAGACAAAUGUAAAGUUAACUUGCCUGCUCUUCAGUGGAAGUUACGAAGCCCUACCAAUAAUUUAUAAAAAUGGAGAUAUUGUUCGCUUUCACAGGCUGAAGAUUCAAGUAUAUAAAAAGGAGACUCAAGGUAUCACCAGCUCUGGCUUUGCCUCUUUGACAUUUGAGGGAACUUUGGGAGCUCCUAUCAUACCUCGUACUUCAAGCAAGUAUUUUAACUUCACCGCGGAGGACCACAGAAUGGUAGAAGCUUUACGUGUUUGGGCAUCUACUCAUAUUUCACCUUCUUCAACAUUAGUAAAAUUGUGUGAUGUUCAACCCCUGCAGUAUUUUGACCUGACUUGUCAGCUCUUGGGCAAAGCCGAAGUGGAUGGAGCAUCAUUUCUUCUAAAGGUAUGGGAUGGCACCAGGACCCCAUUCCCAUCUUGGAGAGUCUUGAUACAAGACCUUGCACUUGAAGGAGAUUUAAGUCACAUCCAUCAGCUACAGAAUCUAACAAUAGACAUUUUAGUCUAUGAUAAUCAUGUUCAAGUGGCAAAAUUUCUGAAGGUUGGAAGCUUCUUAGAAAUUUAUAGCCUCCAUACCAAACUUCAAUCAGUGAAUUUGGAGAACCCAGCAACAUUGUUAGCUCUAGAGUUUCAUCUCCAUGGGGGUACCAGUUAUGGCCGGGGAAUCAGAGUCUUGCCAGAAAGUAACUCUGAUGUGGAUCAACUGAAAAGUAAGGUUUUAGAAUCUGCAGAUUUGACAGCCGGUCAGUGUUUUGAUGGUAUAUGUCAGUCAGAACAUGAGGACAGCUUUCCCAGCUCUGGAUCAGUAUCACUAUAUGAGGUAGAAAGAUGUCAGCAACUAUCAGCUACAAUACUUACAGAUCAUCACUAUUUGGAGAAAACCCCACUAUGUGCUAUUUUGAAACAAAAAGCUCCUCAACAGUAUCGUAUUCGAGCAAAAUUAAGGUCAUAUAAGCCCAGAAGUCUCCUUCAGUCUGUUAAACUUCAUUGUCCUAAAUGUCAUGCACUGCAAGAAGUUCCACAUGAGGGUGAUUUGGAUAUAAUUUUACAAGAGGGUGCAACUAAAAUCCCAGAUACUAAACUACAAAAUACAUCAUUAUAUGAUUCUAAAAUGUGGACCACUAAAGAUCAAGGAGAACGAAAAGUAGCUGUUCAUUUUGUGAAAAAUAAUGGUAUUCUCCCACUUUCAAGUGACUGUCUGAUUUUGAUAGAAGGAGGAACACUCGGUGAAAUCUACAAACUCGCAAAUAAGUUUCAUAGUGUAAUUCCUGUGAGAUCUGGCUAUGAAGACCUGGAAGUCCUUGAUCUUUCAGUACCAUUCCUUAUACAAGGAAAAGUACAUCACUAUGGAUGUAAACAGUGUUCUACUUUGAGACCAAUACAAAAUCUAAAUUCUCUGGUUGAUAAAACACCUUGGAUUCCUUCUUCUGUGGCGGAAGUGCUGGGUAUUGUACCCCUUCAACAUGUGUUUGUAAUGACAUUUAUUCUUGAUGAUGGAACUGGGGUACUGGAAGCUUAUCUCAUGGAUUCUGACAAAUUCUUCCAGAUCCCAGCAUCAGAAAUCCUCAUCAAUGAUGACCUGCAGCAAAGUAUGGAAAUGAUCAUGGGCAUGUUUUGUCCUUCAGGAACAAAAAUUGAUGCAUACCCAUGGUUGGAGUGCCUCAUCAAGUCGUAUAAUGUCACAAGCGGAACAGAGCAGCAGAUUUGCUAUCAGAUUUUUGACACCACAGUUGCGGAAGAUCUAAUCUAAUAUUGUCAUUUAGCUUAGCACAUGUAAAAUACUAUAAUUUUAGAAAACAUCAUUUUCUGUGAGAUUAUUAUAAAGAUUUAGCUGUAUAGUUUAUUUUCCACUUUAACCACAAUUUAAAAUUCUUUUGGCAAAUAGACAUUGUGUUACCAAAUGCCUACUUGUGGGUAAGUUAAAAAUGGUCCCGUUGCUCAAAAUUUCCAGUAUGAUGGCUGCUAGGGAUAUAAAGGAAGAAGUGGAAGAAAUAAGGACUGUGUUUUCAUUUGCCCCUUGCAGCCCUUUCAGAGAAGCUGUUUUGUCAUCCUGCUCUAAGUUUGUUUUUCCAUAUGUCAGCCACUGAUUUCUCUGCCAGCCAUCAUCCUAGGCCUUCCUUCUUUCCUGCCCUGAUUUUUGUAUCAGCAGUGUUAAUGAUUUUAGCACAGGUAUGGGGUUAGAAAAUGUCCUUACAUUAAAUUACUCAGCUUUUACUGAGUGCGAGGGGUGUAGCAGCUGAGUCGUUUUGUUUUGUUUUGUACAAAGGGAUCUGCUUAAACAAGCACUCUUGUUGAGAAGUGCUCUUCUGAGUGAGCUACGGCAUACUUAAAGGAAUGAUUUACUUUAAGUGUACGUGGCAGAAUUGCUUUCUUUCGGUACUAUUGACCAAUUUAGGAUAAAUCCAUUUCUUAAGACCUGAAUUAUGUUCUUUUGAUUGCUCGUUUCUCUACGUGAAGUUAUUGCAUUCCACCUCGAUCUAAUAAAGCAGUCAGAUUUAUAAUGUUAGUGACUUAUAUUACCAUUUUUUAAUAGUCUUAUGUAAUGUGUACUUAUAUUUCAGGUUGAACACAAAAUGAGGUAUUAACUCAGUAUCAUAGUCCACUUUUUACCUGACAGUGUUUGUGAAGUUUAAAAUCAUGAAUAUUCAGUUUUAUACAAAUACUUCCAUAUAUUUGUAUGUAUGUAUAGAUUUAUGUAUAUUAUUUGGUAAAGACUAAGACAUACAGAUCUGCCUAGUUCAGUAUCAGUGAAGAAUAAAUUAACGCACAUAUUUCAGCUGUUUUCUUUGUUUGCCCUGUGUUGAGUUGAGACAUGAUUGGAGGCAAAGAAAGCAGGAAUGUCACUAUAAUAGAUAUUUAGGACCGUCUAUACACUAGGUACUGUACAAAGCAUUCAACAUAUAUUUGAGUUUCAUAAAAACCCAUUUUCCUAAUAAAACUGAUUUCCUGAUAAAA